CUCGAGAUGUAUCAACUCUUCAACGUUCAGCUCCUACUCCUAAUCAUCUUUCAGGUAUCAGCAGCAACCAUCAUCCUAAAUUCAUUCACCACAUCCGGCCCAUCAUGCCCACCCGACUCCGCUCUCACCACCGCACACAUAUUCCCAUCCUCUUCAAACAAUGGCUUCAACUUCACCCAGCGGAUCGAUAACUUCCGCCCACGCCUCGGCCCGGGUGUACCUAUCACAGCAUCACGUAGCAACUGCACAGUAACUCUCAACGUCACCCUGUCCGAGCCCAACACACGCAUCUACCUAAACCUUAACGGCGGAUAUUUCAGCGGCUACGCGCCGAUGAUAAAAGGCGACACGAUGCAAACCGUUGCCACGUACGACUGGCUUGAUAACCCCCUCCACAUUCGCAAUUCACUCAUACUUAGGGGCCCUAAUGUGGGGAGGUUUGACAGACGAGGCGACACGACGGACGACAAUGAGAACUAUUCCCCUUGCAAUGGCGGCAUCUUGACAGCGGUGUUCUACGCGCGACUAUCGACGACGAGUAAUGAGGUGAGGGGAGAGUUCCCUGUGGACGUGGAGCCGGAGGUGGAAAGGUGGGGGAUCACGACGAGUAUGCAUGAGGUUCCUUGUCGAAGCACUGCUUAAACUGCUUCUGUUUUUAUUUCUUGGACUUGUCUAUAUACAAGUAGCGGAGAAUGAUCAUGCUUUGAUCAAAUUCCUCCUUUUGGGGGAUCUAUUUACAAGACACAGCCGUCGGCACACUCCGGAUCAGUCGAGUUGUACGCGAUCAUUCCUGCACUGCCUCCUGGUUCAAUGCUAGGGUCGCGUGGGCUUUGGAACAUGCGGCCGUCGGCCGGGGAGUAGAUAGUUUCUAGGAUAUCGCCAAAAGGAUUC